UCAAAAAUACCUGACAUAAACACGUUACGACAGCAGGUCUAGACACCUUGGUCGAUUAUUAUAUUACCUAUUUUGUCUCAUCUCGUAUUGCGCAGAUAUAUCUGAACUUCCUGAAUAUAACAUGGAACAUGAAUAUAACAUGGAAAUAAAAACAGAAAACAAGAACAGGACCUCCGAGUCUGAAUAGAUAAGGUCCAUGACUUUGAACCACUUACAUCUCACAGCUAUUGCUCCGAAUUCCGCCAGAGAUUUUAGAUGUUUUGAUGUGAGGAAGCAAGGCAGUUCUUCCACUCAGGUCUGUGAACGUGUCGACAAAUAUAUCGUCAAAAGGCUUUAGAAAUGGCCGUUUCUAUAGACGAGUUAAUAUCAAAGGCAGAUGUUGGAUUACAAGAAAGCAAUUUCAAUGAUGCAAAGAAAUUUGUAGAGCAAGCUUUAAAACGUGUUUCUGUCGAGAAAAAUGAGUACAUUAGAACAUUACCGGAGAAAGAUGAAAAGAAAGAAGAAAAAAUAGCCCAGUGGUAUUCACAGUGCGGUUGUAUUUUCUUUAAGUUAUACGACUACUGGAAAAGUCUUAGUUGCACAUGGAAGGCGGCUGUUUUCUCAGACAAAAUGGAAUUCAACGCUAUUGAGAAAGAUAUACGCUGGGUAAAACUUCUCUACGAGCAACCAAGGGAGAUGUUAGUAAGAAUACACAAGAAACUUUCUUCAUUUAUUUCAAAUGAUCUCGAUGAAGCAGCUGAAUUGGCAAUGAAAUUUUGCAAAUGGAAACGGUGUUUAGAUAUAGACAACACUAUCAACAAGAUUUUCAUUUUCUUGAGAGAUGGAUACUCUAUUGGUCCUAGCAAUAUCUUGAUGAAUGAAGGACGCCAUAAAGCUUUCGUACGAAUGGCAAAAUGCCACCUCAAUCUUAAUAACCAUGACAAUACAAGAGUGUUUUGCAAGUUUGUUCUUGAUCAUUCCGAUUGUGAUGACAUCAGUGCGAUGGAAAUAUUUGCAAAAUCACUAUUAUCAACUCAAAGUUUCAAAUCGGCUACCAAAUACUGUCAGCUGGCAAUUAAAUGUUGUAAGACAAAAAAUAGUGGAUUGGAAAUUAAGAGACUUCAGACUCUCCAAGAUGAAAUAAACUUGAAAAGGACAUCACCAGCUAAACCAAAGCCAAAACGUCAUGCUGCAACAGGCAUUAAACAGAAUGAAGAUCCGCAUAAAAAAGAGGAACAAAAACAGAACAAUGAAACCAAGAGAAAUAGGCGAAGGCGGAGGCCAAAUCGCCUUAAGCUGCAUGAAAAACAAAACAAUAAUCAGAACCAAAUAUCAGAUUCUUCAGAUAACGUGUCACAAAAAACCACUAUAAUUUACCAACGUACAAUCCCUCAAAACAAAAGUGAAGUUAAUAAGAGUACAAAUGAAGAUGACGAGGAUGAGGACGGGCCUGUUGUCCAUAAUGCAGCUGCUUGUUCGAAAACAUCUACAUUUGAUGAACUGUCUUUAACAGAUCAGAGCUUUUCAUCAGAUGAAUCAGAUUUGGACGAAGAUGAAACAUCUUUUUAUGAGCAGAGUAAAACUACUAGCAGAUCAAAGGUUCAACGUGAAAUGUCAAAAUCUACAGAAGAAGAUAUACUCGGUAUGGUUGUAAAUCUCAGUCAGUCUUUUCUUGGUAAAUUUGAAGACAGACAUCCAGAUAUGUUGAAGAGAAAGCAGUUGUAUCAAACCUUGCAGCCAAUACCAGAGCUAGAAGAGCUUUUGACCAAUAAAAAUAAAUAUGUUGCAGGAACUAUCCAGAUGAAUGGACCACAUGAGGCAAUCUGUAUUCCCAUAGCCAUAUCAAACUGCAGUAUUCCUAUCAAAAUACAGGGUAGAGGGAAAAUCGGGCAAACAUUGAAUGGAGAUAAAGUUGUCGUUGAGGUUAUAUAUGACGAAAAGAAACCAGAGAAGAGGUUUGGAAAGGUGAUUGGUAUCUUCGACAAUGUAAAGCAUGACAAUGUGAAACGAAAACCAUUAGCUUGUACGAUUGAUGAAGAAAGAUCCAAUCUUGUGCGACCAGUUUGCAAAACUAUUCCAAAAAUACAUGUUUUGGAUAGGGAAAUUUCCAGGCAAUUUAAGAAAGAGUCUGAUAAAAGAUAUAAAUUUGAGCUUUACAAUUACGAUAAUGAAAAUAAAGCAUUAACUUUUUCAAAAAUAGUUAAUUUAACACAAGAGGAACUAAAAUCCAGCAUCUUUGUUGUUGUUUACAUCAACUGGAGUCCACGUCAUGUGUACCCUAGGGGUGCAAUCAUAAGAAUACUUCCGAUUGGACGAAGUGUUAGGCAAGACCUUUUGAUCACCAAUAUUCUCCAUAAAGUUCCCUCUUUGUACCAAAGUUCAACGGUUGAUGAGGUUGAGAGUCUUUUGAAAAACACAAGGGGUGAAGCAAACGAAGACGAUUUGAAAGACAGAACAAACUUGUGUAAUUUACUGACCUUCACAAUCGAUCCACCAGGUUCUGAAGACUUAGAUGAUGCACUAAGUGUAGAAGAUUUUGAACAGCAGUAUAGGGUCGGAGUGCACAUUUCAGAUGUAUCAUCUUACGUGCCUAAAGAUUCAAAAAUUGAUUUGGAAGCAAAGCAAAGGUCACAAACAUUUUACUCCAAUAUUCAAAAUGCUAGAUGUAUGCUCCCAGAACCGCUUAGCAAAAAUAUUUGCAGUCUUCUUCCAAAUAAAUUACGUAAAACAUUGUCAAUUUUCUUUCUUAUCAACAAAGAAAACUUUCUGAUAGAUCAGUCUAAUGUUAGUCAAACAUAUAUCAUAUCUAAGAAGAGACUUACCUAUCAAGAGGCUCAGAAUAUCAUUUCUUCUAAGGAAACUACUGGCAUUGAUACUCUCAAAGACAAGAUUAAAAUUUUGUUCAAAAUUUCCGAAAUACUUCGAAAGCGACGGUUGAAAAAUGCAAGUUUUGCAUUAGAAACAUACUUUGAAGAAUCGCCACUUGCAAACGAUGACAUCGGAACAUUCCAAGCUCAUAAUUUAGUUGAGGAAUUCAUGCUAUUAGCGAAUAGAACAAUAGCAGAAAAGCUAUUCAAGUCAAAAUUUGGAUUGUGUAUACCGCUCCGUUGUCAUCGUCCUCCACCAGAGGAGAAUAUAAAAGAAUAUCUUGAGGCCAAUGAAAGUCAUAUCGACAUUGUAUGCAAAUUACAAGAUAAGCGAAUCGGAACGAGAAUACCAAGUUUCCAUUCCAACGUUGAAACGCGUGAAAAACAUGUGAUGGUUUUUAAAAACAUCUGGCACGCAAUGCAGACUAAUGAUGAACAUACUACAAACUAUUUAAGGAAAGACGAUUUACAUCCUAUCCAGUUCCUAAUUUACAAUAACUGGCUUUCAAUACAAGAGGCUGGAGAGUACAGAUGUUCAGGGAGUCUUGAAGAAAACGAGGAAAUGCACUAUGGUUUAGAUAUUUUCCCAUACACGACAUUUACUUCGCCGAUAAGGAGAUAUAUUGAUCUAGUAGUACAUAGGAUGGUUCAUGCAGCAUUCAUCACUAAGAAAAAAAAGUGUCCUUAUUCAAAUGAUGAAUUGGUCAGCAUUUGUCAUUAUGCAAACAUGGUCACUAAAAAUGUAAAAGACUAUGAGAGAAGCUGUAAAACUAUGAGGCUAGCAACAGAAAUUGGCCAAUUUCCUCGAAUUUUCACGUGCUAUGUAAACAAAUGCACAGACGGAGAAAUAAUAUUUUGCACACCUUCUCUGAAAGGCCCCCUACACGUUCAAAAAGAAAUUCCUUUCAAGCUUUUAGACAUGCUACAAAAACCGGUCAUAGUGCAAGACUGUAACACUAACUCUAAUAGUGUAAGAGUAGUUUGGAGGAAACGAUUGUAUAAUUUUCAUCCGAUAAUUUUGGGGAAUUUGACAGAGCAUACCCAAGAGCUUAAUCCAAAUGCGUCCGUUUGUUUAGUCUCCUUAUCUACAUGGGUACAAUUACUUCAAAAAAGUCUUUCUGGAGAAAAAGAAUGUCAGAGUUGUCGUGAUAUUAUCAAAAAUUCAAAGGUGGAACCUUUAAGAGGCUUACCUGAUGUAACAACAGAAAAUGCAAUGGAGAUUGAAACAGAUUCGGCGAAGGGAAAAGGAUCACAAAAAUGUCUUGUGUUUAAACCGAGCACGACAUUUUCACUUAGAUUCUUUCGUGGGCAACGGCUUGACAUCCAAAUGACAACGUCUCAACAUAAAGGAAAAACGCACCUUAAAGCAUCACUUAUCAGUUUGACAAACAAUAUAAAAUUCUGUCUUCAGCACACAGAUGACCCAGUACUUUAUUUAUCACGAUAUUCGUUGAAUGCUUCAUGUGACCGUUACAAAGAUGUGAAAACAUAUCUGCACAUAUGGCUCCCAGUUCUUGAAAUGGAGGCCGCAAAAUGUGUAGUACGAAAUGAAGAAUCGUUUACUCUACUUGAUCGCGAAGUACACUUUAAUCAGAAUAGGACAGGGACAUUUGUUCUUGAUGAAAAUGACUGUGAAAUCAGGAAAAUUGACUUCUCAGGAAUACGUUUUGAGGAUGGUAACCGUAAUGAAAUCAGCUCCCCAUCCUAUGACUGGUUGUGUAUAAAAUCCAGUCGAAGCUAUUUAUCAAGGAACGAUGCAAAAUGUAAAGCAAAAUAUUAUUGGGUAAGUCAUGCAAAGGUCACUGACGUUCAGCAAAAAUCUGGAAAAAUCAAAGUAACGUUCUCACUGCACGAAUAUGCAAGAAGUGAUCCGCUUAUUUUCAACAAAGAAUCACGGUUUCACAUUGAAGUAUUGAAGAAAUCCGAGGUAGAUAGGAGAACAGAAAGUUUUAUCAAAGGGCUUGAAAAUGGAUCCAUCGGUGCUAAUAUUGCUCUCAGAAAACAAAUCCCAGAUUUAGAUGAUGAGUUGAUAGAGAUAGCCGAUAAGUUGGACAAAGAUCUGGUGAUAAAAAUCAAGGACGACGAAAAUGCCUGGAAACCGCUUCCAAAGAACAAUGUUAGGCAAAAAGAAGCUAUUUGCAAGGCAUUGAAAUCCCGUUUCACACUAAUACAAGGGCCACCAGGUACUGGAAAAACUCAAACAGCUAUAAAGUUGAUCUGUCUAUUUACAAAAAUGAACAGUCAAAAGCAGAGGGAUCGGAUUGAUCGAAACCAAGUACUGUUCUGUGGACCUUCAAAUAAAUCCGUUGAUUUAGUUGCAAAAUGGAUGUUGAAUAGGAUGGGUGAACAUCGACCAAACUUUGUGCGUGUUUAUGGUCAAACCAUAGAAUCCGACACACAUCCAAUACCAGGAAGAGGGUUUCUCUCAAAGAGAAGUACAAAAAACCAAUCUGCAGACCCAGAAUUAGAAGCUGUUUCAUUACAUAACCUCAUCCGACAAUAUGGGAAUAUAUAUAGCGAUGAAAUUCUAGCACUUGAGGCGUUAUUUGCAAGAAAUGAAAACAAACGUAUGCCUACUAAAGAAAAGGAAUAUGUCAAGCUUAUUGCAAAAGCAUCUAUUGAAGAAAUGCAAAAAUACGAUGUUUUACUUUGCACUACAGCAGUUGGUGCUAAUCCCAAAUUAAUUAAAGCAACAGAUGUGUCUCAGAUCAUUAUUGAUGAAGCUGGCAUGUGUCCAGAACCACACUGUCUUGUUCCUAUCAUUGCUACAAAGCCGGAACAGGUCGUUCUGAUUGGGGAUCACAAACAGCUUAGACCAAUCAUUAUGUGUAAAGAGGCGGCAGAACUUGGGCUAGAGAAAUCAUUGUUUGAGAGAUAUGCGUACAACCAUUCGUCAACGAAUGUUUCUUUCGUUAUGCUAAACGAGCAGUAUCGUAUGAAUCCCCAAAUAUGCCAGUUUCCUUCUGAACAAUUUUAUGAUGGUGCUUUGAAGACUGGUAGAGGAGUUUGGGCACACGAUCAAUUAGAUAUCUGGCCGCAUGAUCAUGACAAUGCGUAUCCCCAUGUGUUAGUCCAUAUAGAAGGUGAGGAAAAAUUUCUAACAGUCUCUACGGAGGAAGGGAACGAACAGUCGAGAAGUAAUUUUGAAGAGAUUAAACACGUUGUCAAAGUUUAUGAUUACUUCACAAGAGCAGUGCCAUCAGAGUCUGUUCAAAUUAUUUCACAAUACAAUGCGCAAUGUCAUGAAAUUAAAACACAGCUGCGGAAGAAUGGGUUUGUUGAUGUUAAUGUCAGUACAGUCGUGUCAAGUCAAGGAGGAGAAUGGGACUAUGUAAUAUUCAGCACCGUCCGGUCAUUACCGAAGUACAAAAUAGAACGACAUCCAACUCUUGGGUGGUGCAAACACAAUCUUGGUUUUAUUACAGAUAGAAACCAAGUUAACGUAGCUUUAACCAGAGCCAAAAAAGGACUGAUCAUUAUCGGAAACAAAAACCUACUUUCGUGUGACGAAGUAUGGAAAGAUCUGAUUGAUUACUACGAAGUGAGGGGUUGUAUAUUGCCUCCUGAAAUAUUCCCGCCACCAUUUAAUAAACCAAGGCAACAAAUUAUGGGUGAGGAAUUUCUAAAGCAUGAACGGAGAUUCGGACCUUCGGGUAAAAAAGGACCAACGAAAAAAUUACCUAACCAACGCCAAAGAGGUAGAAGAAAAUAAUCAUUGACAAUAUCAUUUGCUUAUGUUGCUCUCUUUUAGCAUUAAAUAUAUGUAAAGCAAUAUCAUUUUUAGCAUAAAGACACACUUAUAUGUUAAUAAUAAUGGGGCAUGUCAUAGUGUUGACAAGAAGUGAAAUAUUGUUUAAUUCAUUACGACAUCUUACAUCACGUUAUAAAACAUAAUUGCUAUUUUGAAAAAAAAGUAAAUUAAUUGUUGCUUUUUAUAAGUUUCUACAUGAUGAAAGCUUGAAGUAAUCAUUUACAUUUUUUCAUUUAUGGAAUGUGAAAUUAUCAUGAAACGAUUCCCUGUGUAUUUUCAUUUAUCUACAAUAAAUGUAUAUCAGUGAUCCUUUGAGUAUUCAGAUGACUUUAAUGAUCUUGUAAUAAUAAAUACAGUUUGCCAUA